CAGAGCAGCAGUGCAUCUCCCCUUUUUCCCUUCUCCACCUCCCGCAAGCAAACUCCCGGCACCGCCCCGCACCCACUUCUCUUUCUCUCCAGUGCCGCUCCCUCUAGCUUCUUCCUCCCCCCUUUCAUGGCAGGAAAGGCUGAGGUGAUGAUGCCCAUAAGCCAUCCAAUUUGACCCAUGCUACCCUGGACCUCUAUACAUACUUGCCCCAGCGCAGGCACUCGCAAUCUCUACUACCACUUCUCUACCACCCUCUCUCCUCCCUGCUUCUGCUUCUGCUUUUGCCUCAGCCUGCUGCAAGCUUUUGCUUUGGUUUAGGUGCUUCUUUUCCACUCCUUUACUGUUCCCCCACUUUUGCUUGCUUUGUCACGCACACGAAAAGCUCCUGCCUUUACCUUCUCGGACCUUAUCUCCGCCCCCGUAGUGGGAUUUGGUGGGAGCUGCGCUGCUUGCCCCUCGCGUUUCUUUGCUCAAUUGGGGUCACAGCGCGUGCUCGUGGACGGAAUUCGGGUUCUUGCGCGGUCCCCGUCCCCCUUGGCGAUUGCGGGACGCUCGCUGCAGAUCUUUGCGUAAUUCCGGGAGCGCCGGAGAUGAACUGUGGGCCGCCCGACCAGCUGCCGCCGGCGUCGGCGCCGGCGUGCUUCCUCAACCUCAACUGGGACCAGUCCAUGGCCGCCGCCACGGCCGGCGACCACCUCGACCCGGCGCUCAGCUCGAUGGUCUCCUCCCCGGCGUCCAACUCGACGGCCGCCGCGGCGACUGACGGCCUCGCUCUCCACGGGAUCUCGCCACAGCCGCAGUACGGAGGCACCCCUCUCAGCUCGCCCCCCAAGCUCAACCUCUCCAUGAUGGGCCAGUUCCACCACUACCCGCCGCCGCAGGUCGGUGGCGCUGCGCCCAGCGGCCUGCCAAUCCUCGAGAACUUGAUGCCGAUGGCUCAUCUAGACCAGUUCCUCGCCGACCCAGGCUUCGCCGAGCGCGCGGCGAGGCUCUCCGGCUUUGACGGCCGCCCCGGUGGAAGUGGCUAUGGCGGCGCCGUCCCGGGACAGUUUGGCCUCCCGGACGCUGACCCCAUCGACGCAUUGAAGGAGCUGGAGCUCGGGAACGGCCGGGACGAGUCAUCGGUGUCCGAUCCGGCGUCCGCCAGCGCGGAGAUGGCGCUCAAGGGGCCUUCCGAUGGCAAUGCAAAGAAACGCAAGGCUAGCGGAAAGGGGAAAGGCAAGGACGGCCCCGGGUCCACCGCCGCCAAGGAUCUCGCGAAGGAGGAAUCCGGUGGGAAGCGGUGCAAAUCGGCGGACGAGAGCAAUGGCGCGGAGGACAACUCCACCAAGGGCAAGGCCGCGCAGAGCAAUAGCGAGAAUGGUGGAAAGAAGCAGGGGAAGGACAGCACAUCGAAGCCUCCCGAGCCGCCCAAGGACUACAUCCAUGUCCGGGCGAGGCGCGGUGAGGCGACAGACAGCCACAGCCUCGCGGAGAGGGUGAGAAGGGAAAAGAUCAGCCAGCGGAUGAAGCUGCUGCAGGAUCUUGUUCCGGGUUGCAAUAAGGUGGUUGGCAAGGCAGUCAUGCUCGAUGAAAUCAUAAACUACGUGCAGUCCUUGCAACGGCAAGUCGAGUUUCUGUCCAUGAAAUUGGCCACUGUGAAUCCCCAGCUGGACUUCAACAACCUGCCUAACCUCCUUCCUAAAGAUAUACACCAGUCCUGUGGCCCGCUGCAGAACUCGCAUUUCCCGCUGGAGACCUCAGGUGCACCGCUGCCAUACCUUAACCAGCCUCACCAGGGGAACCCUCUAGGUUGCAGCCUAACCGGCAUGGACAGCCAGAGUUCUAUGCACCCACUUGACCCGGCAUUUUGCCGGCCAAUGAAUUCGCAACAUCCUUUCCUCAACGGUGUUAGUGAUGCUGCAUCUCAGGUCGGGACUUUCUGGCAAGACGACCUUCAAAGCGUAGUUCACAUGGAUAUCGGGCAAAGUCAGGAGAUCGCUCCCACCUCUUCGAAUAGCUACAACGGUUCACUGCAAACAGUCCACAUGAAAAUGGAGCUUUGACAUAGACGAAAUUCAGUCCAAAGCUCGACGCCCCUGUAUAUACAGAAGAGAGCACAGCUUGCAGCGGAAGCACUCUGAGAUUCAACCUAACAACGUUGGGCCCUAGCAGUGUUUUAGCUUCUAAUUUUCCCCCUGGUGUAAUGAUUCUUUGAACAAGAUGUGAAGAUCACCACGCUGGCGGUUGGUCGCCUGUUUUAGCUGCAAGAUCGCCCGCAAGGAAUGAAAUGCGGUGCAUUGCAUCCCAGUAUAUUCUCAAUCAGACCCUUAUGCUCCCCUCAAGCGAGAGGGAAGAAGACCUGUAAUAUCAUUUGUAUUGCCAUUAUAUUUGUAGCUGAUAUAUAUAUUUAAGAUCCCUAUUCCUGUCAUUCCUGAUCUCCUUGAAGAUGAAAUCCCCGUUCCUGAAUGGA